AUGGCCAUGGCGCAGGAAGACUUUGCCCUGUCGUCGGAGUACGGCCUGGACUUUGCAAGCUCAAAGUCCUUGACGACUUGGAGGGGUGGCGCAAAGGCUGGUUUGCGCGUCCUGCUUGUUCAGGUGUGGAGCAAGGGAUCUCGAGCGGCAUUCUACAGCGGUUCACAUUUGCAUUCGUUACCUACCGUUCGAGCAGCAAACGACUUGUUCGAAAUACCAUCUGCUGCCUUGAGGAGAGUGGGCUGUGAAGGCAAAGAGACUGAAUUUUCGAAUGGCGGCUUAGUUAUUCUCGACGCUCGACUGUCUUUCGAGAUCAAGCAAGGCUCCGCAACCAUGUUUGCAUUUACAACCAGGGACGAACUGGCGACAUGGGCUAAAAUGAUCCUGCCGAAGUCACCGGGCUUGGCGCAAAAGGUCGCCGAAAUGGAGAGCACAACUAUCGGCGUAAAUUUUGCAUUUGAGGAAUGA